AUGUUACCUGUAGUUUGCAAAAGAUGUGAAAACCGUGGACAUAAUGCUGAGGAAUGUUACGUUCCGGCAUACAAGUUAUUAAAUGAAAAACAAAAAAAUACAGAUGAGUGUGAAAGUAGUGGAAAGUUUGGGCAUAAUCAGGAUAAAUGUUAUAAAAAUCAACAGGGAAAUUCCAAAGCAUUUCCAUUUCCAGCGGUGGAGUAUCGAAAAAAUGAAGGGAAUAAUAUUUAUGAAAAAAGAAAUGUAGAAGAUAUAACGUGUUUUAAAUGUCGUAAUAUUGGUCAUUACGCGAAAGAUUGUACAUCAGGAUGA